AUGAUACAGCGCAUGCGGACAAGGGCCGAGAAAGAAGAACAGGCUGCAAAGAAAAACAGGCUGCAAACAAGAACAGGCUGCAAAGAAGAACAGGCUGCAAAGAAGAAUAGGCUGCAAAGAAGAACAGGCUGCAAAGAAGAACAGGAUGCAAAGAAGAACAGGAUGCAAAGAAGAACAGGAUGCAAAGAAGAACAAGACAAAAACAGUAGAGAGGAGACGUACAUCAUGUCGACACGCUUCGACAACCGCCAGGCAAUCCUCCUGGAUCAACUCCUCGACGACCCCAACCUAUCGCCCACUCCUGCUCUCCUCCUCAACGACAAGACACUGUCCCUAUGGUUGCAGGACAAAAUCUUUGCGUGCAUUAGCAUGAUGCACAUGAGCGAACGGCUACGCUCAAACGUACCAAAGAAAUCUGUAGCCACGACAUCAGCGGCAACCCUGCAAGUCAAGCUUCGUCCGGGUUUAGCAAAGUGGAACUUACUCGUCUUGGAAACCGGCUGGCUCAUCCUUCUGCAGGUCCUUCAUCUCAACCAGGGCAACUAUAGGGAUGGGGUGUUAGAGAAGAUCAUCGGGCAGCAGCUGCUAGCCCUCAACAACUUCCAACGUGAAAUGGGUACAAGAAAGAUCAUGAGCAAGGGGGAUGUGGACUUCAUGAAGGAGCUGUUUGGGGAACUAGGGAUCAUACGGGAACAAGGCUUGGAUGGCCAGGGUGCUGCGUCAAUGUGCCUAAGUCUGGCAUGGGCACGGGAAUGCUGCGCGUCUGUUAACUGUGUGGACCUCAGUGGCGGCGACAUGGGUGAGAACGUACGGUGA